UUCUCCUUUUUCAAAUCCUUUUUCUAUUUUCCCCCAAUUUUCAUUUCACCAUUUCUCCUUCAAUUCUCUCUCUCAUUUCUUUUUAUCUUUCUGUUUGGCUCUAGAUUUCAUCAUCUCUAACAUUGCGCUCAACCCAAGAUUUCAUCUCUGUAAUCCCUUCCUUUCAGCGCCGUUUUCUUGUUUCAUGAGCAACUACUGGAGGUUACGUUUCUAAUUCCUUCAAACUCAGAACAGACGAUAAUCAACAUACUUUUCCUUUGACAAAGGUCUAAUAACAAAUAAUGUUAGGCUACGUUUUAUAAAUGCUGUGCUGCUUUGGCAAUGAAAAGUUUUCAGGAAGACUGCGCUUGAUGGACUGCUCACCAAACAGUAGUGACAAGAAAACAUUGAAGCGUUGGUUUUUCAUUGAUAAAAGGGUCGGGUAAAUUGUUUUCGACAAGUGGGACAUAAAUCUGUAUUUGAUCGAUCUUCUUCCCAUCACACCACUGUAUUAGAAAAUAUAUAUUUUUUUAUCUUGUAUUAAGUUGUUAUAUGGACUUGACAUCGAAGCACACAUCUCCUGUUCUCACUGAACCUGCACCAAUGAAUAAAUCGAGGCUAGGAAUCCAUCCUGCUAUUUUGCCUUACUCUCAAUCAGGUGGUUCUUUUCCCCCAAGUAAAUAUAUCACAAUCCCAAGGAAAAAGUCAGGAAAGUUUGAUGAUGUCUGGUCCAAUGGUUGGUUGGAUGCAAUGAAAUCCUCUUCUCCUCCUCGGAAGAAGCUAAUUAAGGAUUUCGAUGUUGAUUUCCCUUCCGACGAUGAUACUGAUGUUGCUUACAGCUCCUGGAUGCUGAAGUAUCCUUCAGCACUCAACUCUCUAGAGCAAAUUACCAGUUACGCAAAAAAUAAGAAAAUAGCUGUUUUUUUGGACUAUGAUGGGACCCUUUCUCCAAUAGUAGAUGAUCCAGAUUGUGCUGUUAUGUCAAAUGCUAUGCGUUGUGCUGUAAGAAAUGUUGCCAAAUAUUUUCCAACGGCAAUCAUUAGUGGAAGAAAGCGAGAAAAGGUUUCUGAGUUGGUAGGACUAACGGAACUCUAUUAUGCUGGUAGUCAUGGGAUGGAUAUCGUCGGCCCUGUGGGUCAAACAGUGCUGAAUUCCCAUCCCAACUGUAUUGGAUCUACUGACCAACAGGGCAAGGAUGCUAAUGUGUUCCAGCCCGCUAGGGAAUUCUUACCCAUGAUAGACGAGGUUUUUGGAACCCUCGUCAAGAAGACAAAAGAUAUUAAAGGCGCAAAACUUGAAAAUCACAAGUUUUGUGCCGCUGUACAUUAUCGCAAUGUAGAUGAGAAGAAUUGGCCUACAAUAGCGCAAUGUGUUCAUGAUGUACUAAAAGACCACCCUCGUUUACGAUUAACACAUGGGCGGAAGGUUUUAGAGAUCCGUCCAGUGAUUGAUUGGAACAAGGGAAAAGCAGUUGAAUUUCUGCUUGAAUCUCUAGGAUUGAACUCAAGUGAAGACGUGCUCCCUAUCUUUAUUGGGGAUGACAGAACUGAUGAAGAUGCUUUUAAGGUGCUGCGAGAGAGAAACCAAGGGUACGGCAUUUUGGUGUCUCCUAUGCCAAAGGAGACCAACGCAUUCUACUCUCUUAGGGAUCCCUCAGAGGUAAUGGAAUUCCUGAGAGGAUUGGUGAGAAGCCAGAAGAAGAAGGUGGUCGGGGGUGGUGGUGAAGAGGGGGGAAAACAAAGAAUUGGAUAAUUUAGGUUUUCUUUUAUUAUUACACAGAAUAACUGAAGCAGUUUGUGUGUGUGUGUGUGUGUGUGAAAUUUGAGAAUAGGGUAAUAAAUUGAUAUUUGGGGUAAGUCUGUUGUGUUUAGGGUUGGUUUGGUUUUGAAUCACUACUCUGCUAUUUUGUGGGUGGUGGGGGGUCAAAGGUUUCUUUUCCUACCCUUACCUCUGGCAGAGCACACAAAGAAAUGUUCCAAAUGGUUUCCUAUUUUUUUCUUUAUAUAUUAUUUCAUCUCUCUCUCUCUCUCCCUCCCAAUAUUCUCAACAUGUAAAACGUUUUUGAAGUUUAGUACCAGAUCAUUAUGCCUGGGAAUUAUAUUAUUUUUGUUUUCCACA